AGCACGAUUCCUUGGGACAAAGGCGACUGAGUCUCCGAACAGCCUUUAUCGGCCACCCACCGUCCCUCAUUCUUGUCUUCAUCCUCACAACCACCUUCGCUAUGAACGGCAACACCAACGGGAACCCGCCGCCCGCCAGCGCGCCCGCCGCGCCCGUCGCCGCCAAUGGCCAGCAGCCGCCUGUUCGUCGCCGUCGCCCGCGCCCACAGGCCGAUGUCCUGCGCAAGCCCCGUCGCCCGCUACAGAACAUUACCCGGCCCAUGGUGUCGUUGUCGCAGAUGAACGAGGCCAAGAAGCCCGUCGCAGGGCCCGCCAACGAUGGAACCCAGUCGAAAGACGCGUUGCGACAGCAGUUCCUCGACCAAGGCGCCAGCGUCUUCCCGCUCAUCGUGAGCCGCAAGGAUCUGAAAGAGCUGCGACACCAUGUCAUGCGUCUGCAUAGCAAAACUCACGUCGACAUCACCGACGAGCAUCAGUUUAAGACCCCGAUCAAGCUCCACCGCAGAGAUCCGCGCGCGCCUCCAAGCGGCAUGGGGUCGACCUACGAAGAGGAGGACACCAAGGAGGACAUGGAAGAGAUGAAGGAGCGCGAGCGCAUCGAACUGCAGAAGGAAGAGCGUCGCAAGGUCCGCGAAGAGAACCAGGCCAAGAUCGCGCCAACCGGCAUGAAGAAGCCCCCUGCCUUCCACAAGAAGACGGAGCAAAAGUAUCGCCCCGACGACACUCCAGAAGCGAAGAAGCGCCAGCUAUUGCGCUAUGAGGAGACGCUGCCGUGGCAUCUUGAGGACUUCGAGAACAAACAGACAUGGGUCGGCACUUACGAGUCGGAGCUGUCAGAGACACACGUCAUGCUGUCAACUACUCGCCCCGGAGAUCCAAGUACAGCCAUUCAAAUGGCUCCCAUGGAACGCUGGUAUCGCUUCAACGUUAAGGGCAAGGUCAAGACCGGCGGUGACGACUUGGACAAGAUCCUGGCCAAGGUUGAAAGAGGCGGCGGACCAAAGUUCUUUGCCGACCUUGAAGAGCGUCAGAAGCAGCGCGUCAACGCAGAAAACAAUGCAAGGAUGUGGAGUGGAGUCCGUACCCGUGUGGGUGGUGGCGCAGACGACGAAGGCCGGAUCAAGCGGGAACGCAACGAUGACGACACAAUCGGCUUCGUCAAGCGCGAAGCUGACGCAGACGAUAUUGACUUCAAUCUGGAGGAAGACUUCGCCGACGACGAAGAGGGUCUGAAUGGUCUCUUCGAAGGUGAAGAGCAGGACGUCAAAGAGGCAGCUGAAAAGCUGAAGCGAGACCAGCUGCAAGCCGCUCUAUGGGAUCGACCAGAUGAGCUGGCCAUUGCCAUAAAGGAAGAACAAGAACGGAAGGAAGCCGAGGAGAAGAGGAUCCAGGAAAAGGCGACUAGAAAAGCCCUGGUGAAGCGCGAGAAGCAGUACGACUACCUUGACAGCGACCCAGAGAAUCCGUACAUCACAGAAAGCGAAUCGGAUACCGACUCUGAAACAGAGCGACAACAGGCAAAGGAGGAGGCAGAGAAGAAGGCAGCCGAGCAAAAUGGCAAGGCUCCAGAGGCUGGCAACGUCCCCUCUGGUACGUCGACGAAAGGCUCCAACACUCCAUCAGGAAACCACAAGUCUGGUGAUAGCAAGAGCAAGAAGCGGCCAGGUUCACCCAACUUGUCAGAAGCCAGUGGUAACGAGUCUUCGCGCAAGAAGCAUAAGAAGAAGCAUGACAAACUAGCUGAUGGAUCUCGGAAAUCUUCCCUUGCUAAUCUCAAAGGCGCUGGUUCUGGUAGCGACAGCGAGAUGACAGACGCCGGCAAGAAGCGAAAGAAGGAUAAGAAGGACAAGAACCGCAUGAUGAUGGGCGGAUCUCCUAGCGGUACUCCUGGUGCUAGUCGUGCAGGUAGUCCAGCAGCCAACGGCAGCCGCGCGGGUAGUCCCUCCGCAGCUCCAGCACGACCUCCUUUACCAUCUGCCAAGGAGAUCUAUGAAUCGUUGCCGCCCCAGGGCAUGAACAUCCAGAACCUCAUCGUCAAAUUCAAGGGUCGCGUUGACAAGACGAAUACGCAGCUUUUCAUCAAGCUUGUCAAGGCGGUCUCUAGCUUUGACAAGGCCAAGAGCUGGCUUACUCCCUUGGAAAAGAUGCCAUCCGAUGAGCAUAUCAGUGCCUUCAUGAAUGCGGGGAAUGCACCAAAGCCUGCGUAAUUCGAGGACACGUACGGUCUAAAGGGAACCAUUUUUAAUAUCCAGCGUGUACUUUGAUAAAUUGAAUUGACGUAGAGAGUGUGGGGUGAGGGGCCACAAAUUGGCACAGGCUUACUUUGCGUUCCUCGUCGAGGAUAAUACAUGACAUGCAAAGUACCGGUACGACAGUAACCCUGAACACUUUCUGUAUUGUGGCUACCCAGUA